AUGCCGAAGAACAAGGGAAAGGGUGGUAAGAACAGGAGAAGAGGAAAGAACGAGAACGACAAUGAGAAGCGUGAACUCACCUUCAAGGAGGAGGGUCAAGAAUAUGCACAAGUCCUCAAGAUGCUGGGUAACGGCCGACUGGAGGCGCUCUGCUUCGACGGCUCUAAGCGUCUCGCUCACAUCCGCGGCAAACUUCGAAAGAAGGUCUGGAUCAACCAGGGAGACAUCAUCCUACUCUCGCUCCGUGAUUACCAGGACGAGAAGGGUGAUGUGAUUCUCAAGUACUCGGCCGAUGAAGCCCGUUCGCUCAAAGCAUACGGCGAACUCCCAGAAAGCGCGAAGAUCAACGAGACCGAUACGUAUGGUGGCGAGGAGGAAGGUGGAAUUGGCUUCGAUUUCGGUGAAGACGAUGAGAGUGGUAGCGGAGAGGACAUCGACGUCGAUGACAUUUAA